UACAACAUCUUGUCGUUACGGUAGUGCAGGGUCCUCAAAUAGCACAGUAUAAUAAAGGAGCGCUGCAAAUGAUUCUAUGGAAAAAGCACAGAAUUACUGUACUAAAUUUAUAAGAUGGAAAUCGCGAUUUGAAACCUGCUAGUAUAGUAUAGUGUCAGAACAUUAGCAUCACUGAUACUGUUACCUGCCGGGAUUGAGUUUCAGGGUGAGAGUCGUCUGUCACUGACUUCCAGUGUAAUGGAGAAACUACGUUCAAAGCAGCUGCUAGACUGACAGGUGUAUUAAUGGCUUUGUUUGGGAACCAAAUAGCAGGAAGGGUUACUGUGUUCUCGGUGCCAGGAUGCCCGCAAUGUUUACAAGCCAAAGAUACUUUACAGGCACUGAAUCUACCAGUGUGUGAAGUGGAUGUGAGUCAUGAUGCAGCUGUACAGGCUUGGCUGGAUAAAAUGACUGGCAGCAGUACUGUGCCGCAGAUAUUCUUCAACAACGUCCACAUAGGAGGAAAUGAGAGUCUUCAAAAAUUGGCCCCUAAGGAACUUAAAGCACUGGUCCGUAUGGUGAAUGAGAAGCCUUUGCCCCCCGAUGCCCUACCAGUACCUGCAGGAAACAUUUCAAUUACAGCUUCUGAAUUAUCUGAGGCCCUGAGGAAUCUGAUCAUGAAACUGUACUCUGAUCACCUCUCUGCUGAUGGCAAGUCAGUAGACUAUAGGGCAAUGUCUAAAAGCUCAUGUUAUGAGCGGUAUUGUGAGCUGGCUGUGUACCUGCAGCGUGUGGAGCUGCUCUCUCUUACACAUGAAGAGAGGCUGGCCUUCUUCAUUAACGUCUACAAUGCUCUGGUUAUCCACGGCUAUCUGCGCCUUGGCUUUCCUAAAAACAUGUGGCAGAGGUAUCGGUUCUUCAACUAUGUAAGCUACCUGAUUGGAGGAGAGGUGUUUACACUGCAGGAUAUUGAGAAUGGUGUGCUGCGGGGAAACAGGAAAGGAGUAGCACAACUUCUGAAGCCCUUCUCAAAGAAUGACCCUAGGUUACAGGUUGCACUUCCUGAAGCUGAGCCUCUGAUUCAUUUUGCACUGAACUGUGGUGCGAAAGCCUGCCCACCCAUUAGGACCUACACCUCAAAUGACAUUGUCAGGCAGCUGCGCACUGCUGCUGAGAUAUUUCUGGAGGCUGAUGAUGGUUGCAUUGUGGAUUCUGUGAAAAGAGAGGUGAAGCUAAGCAAGAUCUUCAAAUGGUACAAGGCAGAUUUUGGAGACACUGAUGAAAAGUUGCUGAACUGGGUUUUAAACCACAUGAGGGCAUCUCAAAAGAAGACAAAUCUGAAAACUCUUCUAUCUACAGGGAAUGUUAAAAUAAUCUAUAUGCCUUAUGACUGGUCUACCAACAACACACACUGAUUAAAACUCUACUACUAAGAGUUUAGGGCUUCAUGGUGACCUGACGAACUCUGAUAAGAUCAUAUUUUCUUUAGAAAAUGCAUGAGUGGACAGAUAUUUUUACUACAGUUGUACGAUAAAAAUAAUAAAAAAAAAAAACAGAAAAAGCUGGCCUUGCUUUCAAGGUAUGACUAUGCACCUAGAAUCGUAACAAUAACUCCUCUACACUUCAAAGGGCAAACUUUCCUACCAGUAGUUAUCCUAAAAGUACAGUAUACUGGACGUUACACUUCCUUUAUGAUUCUUUAAUUUGUGUUAACCAACUUCAUCUUUUUUAAACUGUUUUAAACAAUAUGAAUACCUAUAGAUUACAAUUGUAUAAACCCAGAAUGGAUUCAUUAUUCUUCCUAUCAGGAAUUAAAUCAAUGUGAAACUGCCUAGCUAAUAUUGCAUUGAUACUGUUGCAUGAUCCUGGGUUAUAUAAUUCCCACAGCAAUAUUAUGCACUGAUGAAUAAAUUAUGAUAACGCUGUCUUUAAAAAAAAAAGCAUGUGUAUCCUCUGGUUUCUGACAGGAAUAAAUUAAUAGAAAAUUUACACUUCUGGUCUCUGUUUAAAUCUGAUUGUGAAUAAUUUUGUAGACCAUGAACUGGUUGCACUUCCCAUCGUAUGCAGCUGGAGUCACUGUAGAACUUCUAUUUUCAUACAUCUUUCCAAGGUGCCACUGAAUUGGUAUAUUUUCUUUUAAACACAAAUUCAUUAUGUUUACUAAGGAAACUAUUAUAGAAUGAAUACUUAAAAGGUUUAUGUUUUGGAUAUUUAAUGGAGUAGUUUAAGAGAGAUAUUGAAUGUUUUUUUUCCUCCUUAUAUUCCACUGCACUGAGAUAAUGUGCAUGAACUUAAAAUUACACACAUUGUAUGCCUAUUAAAUUAAUUGUCAUUACUUAUUGGCAAUAAUUAGUUACACAGGUUUUUUAUUCAUAUUCA